AUGAAUAUCUCAUCUGCAAGUGUGCCUCGUGCGCAUCGUCAUCAUCAUCAUCGCCAGCAGCAGCAACAAACUACAACUCUCAUCGGGUCUCCAGGUCCUGCAUCUUACUCUGUAUCUGCUCCGGCAACGCCGAAAGGUAGACAAGAGGGUGCUCGGCGUCAAGCCCGUCGUCCGAUCUCAUUCAAUGCUAAGAUUGGUGCUAGUCCAUGCUAUGCUGGUUCGAAAUUCAGCGACUCGCCAACUGCACGCGCUAUUCCUUUGCCACCUACCGAAUGGAUUUAUGAGGCCUUUAGCUCUAGCUCACAAUCUGAUACCAGUUCAAUGAGUAGUGGAUCAUUUGUGGGAGCGAAUAGCGAUUCAGAAACAAGCUCGAUAUGUUCAAGCACUCCAUCGUGGAGCGAUGUCGGAGAGAUGUCCGCUCUGCCUACUACACCGCAGAAAUCCGCAUUACGUCCACCAUCAGGAAUGCGUGUACAUCCUCUUCGUCUCAUCGCGGCUGUCGCUGCAUCAUAA